AUGCAUAUCAACAUCGCCAUGCUCAGCCUUGCCAGCCUCGGCCUGAACACUGUCCAGGCCGCGGUUAUCCCCGCCGCUGACGCCGCUCUCGCGGCGCGCCACAUCUACUCUGUCGAUCGCGAUGAGACCGGUGUCGAGAAGCGCCACGUCUACGAUGUCGACGAUGAUGAGACCCUCAACAAGCGUCAUAUCUACGGUGUCGACCGUGACGAGACUAUUAGCAAGCGCCACGUCUACGACGUUGACGACGAUGAGACCCUUAGCAAGCGUCACAUCUACUCUGUCGACCGUGACGAGACCCUCAGCAAGCGUCACGUCUACGAUGUUGACGAUGAUGAGACCCUCAGCAAGCGUCACGUCUAUGAUGUUGAUGAUGAUGAGACCCUCAGCAAGCGUCACGUCUAUGAUGUUGACGAUGACGAGACCCUCAGCAAGCGUCACGUCUAUAAUGUUGAUGAUGAUGAGACCCUCAGCAAGCGCCACGUCUACGGUGUCGAUCGUGACGAGACCGGUGUUGAGAAGCGUCACGUCUACGACGUUGACGAUGAUGAGACCCUCAACAAGCGCCACGUCUACGGUGUCGAUCGUGAUGAGUCCUCUUAG